AUGGCAACAGAAGACACCGUCGACCUCAGCGCAGCACACGCGCCGCAACCAGCAUCCCUCGAUGCAUUCGCUUCUGUCCUCGACACCGUCAAGGAAGAGCUUGUUAAACUACGUCGCGACCAUGAUAAGCACGAACCAGAGUACUUUCGUGCUGUCAAGCAGCUUUCCGACGCUGAUCUAGUAUCCUUCGCCGCAGACGACCUCGAAUCCGUUCGCGUGGCUGUCACAGCGUAUGGUCUGCAUCUUUUUGGCAAGGUCAAGCUGCCCGCUUUGGACAACGGCUAUAUCCACAUCCGCAUAUUUGGGGCUGCUAAGGACGGGACGGACGGAAGUAGUUUGGACGAAAGAGAAUAUAGUCUGCAUAGUAUUCACACUGAAGAGGUUAUCAAAGACGACGGGGAUAGAGUUUAUAGAGCGAUAUUCGGGAAACAGGAUGAGCUGGAGUGGUUCGAGACCUAG